AUGAGAAAAAACCCCUCAAGAGAUGGAUCUCACCCCUGUGACCAGUGUGAGAAGAGUUUUGUAACACAAAAACUUCUGGAAAAACACCAGAUGAGUCACUCCAACUCUCAUGUGUGCUCUGAUUGUGGAAAGAGAUUCCGUCGGGCUGAUCACCUAAAGAGACAUCAGAGAGGCCACACUGAGAACAAACUGUACAUUUGCCCUCAUUGUGGGAAAAGCUUUGGUUACUCUGGAAAGUUAACCCAACAUGUGAGACUUCACACUGGGGAGAAACCCUACCAGUGCUCCGAUUGUGGCAAAAUGUUUGCUGCUAUUAAAACAAUGAAAAGACACCAAGAGGUUCAUUCAACACAUAGGGUGAAGCCUCAUGUUUGCACUACCUGUGGAAAGGGCUUUGCUCGACAUGAAUACUUAAAAAAACAUUGCACCAUUCACACUGGAGUGAAACCGCAUCAGUGCUCUGACUGUGGAAAGAGCUUCCGUCUGCUUGAUCAUUUAACUCGGCACCAGAAAAAAGCACAUGGAGAGAGGCUAUUCCCUUGCUUUGUUUGCAAACAGUGUUUUGUUUCAGAGCACACCCUGAAAGUUCAUCAGAAAAAGCAUACAAGGCCUUACCACUGCUCCCUAUGUGACAAGAGAUAUGCCGAUAAGGGGAAUUUAGCAGUCCAUCUGCGUGUACACACUGGAGAGAAGCCACACCUUUGCUCCCAGUGUGGGAAAUGUUUCUCUGGUAAACAACAACUUCAAUUACACCUCUUGGUACAUUCAGGUGAGAAGUCUUAUAAAUGUUCUCACUGUGAAAGGAGUUUCGCUAAUACGCCUAUCCUGAAAAGACACAUACGAACCCACACCGGAGAGAAACCGUACCGCUGCUCUGAAUGUGGGAGGAGUUUCGCUGAUGGGGAUACACUCACAAAACAUCUGCGAACCCACACUGGAGCGAAGCCGUACCUUUGCUCUCUGUGCGGGAAACGUUUCUCUGUUAAACAACGUCUUAAAGAGCAUCUAAUGGUACAUUCAGGUGAGAAGCCUCAUCCCUGUUCUCACUGUGCGAGGAGUUUCACUAGUACAUCUAAUCUGAUAAGACACUUGCGAACCCACACUGGAGAGAAACCGUUCAAAUGCCUUGACUGUGGGAAGGGGUUUGCUCGCUCGGCAACCCUCAAAAAUCACCAGCGUAUCCACGGUAGGGUCACCAAGGACCAAGCUCCCAAGGACCAAUAGCUGCACAGAGAACUCUACAUAGUAGCUUCACCACAACUGUCUGUC